AUGACUAGGAAUCAUAAAAAAUAUCAUAAACCUUUUUUGAUGACCAAGCAACAAAUAAAAAAAUUAAUUUUCUUUAGAAUUCUUUUAAAUUGCAUAAUAAAUAUGAAAUUCAAAAAUAUCGUUACUUUUUGUUUUAUAUUGAACUGUCUCUUGCUACAAUAUUUCACAAAAAAUCAAGACUCUGGUAAGCCUUCAACACUUGAAGAUACCAUAAAUACCAGCUAUAAGUCAUCUUCAAGCUGAUUUAAUUUGCAAUUCAAUUCUUCAUAUCAGGAAAUAUCUGAAAAUAUUGUAAAUGAAAAUAAUUAUUGUCGAAAAGUCAAAAAUUAUCAAUCUAUACAAGAUAUAUCCUUAAAUAAGCAAAAACUCCCAACUGAGGACCACAGAUACAUUUUUUCUGAUUAUCCUGAUCAUUCACUAGUCCACCAAACUUUUAGUGUAAUCGCAAGACCAAUUCUCCACCAAAAGUCAUCCAAAACUACAUUAGACCCAAAAAUAAAUUUAUUUUUCCAAGUAAAUCCUUUAUGACAUGAACUUCAUAAAAUGGAAACUCAUUUCCUUUGUGAAGGCCAGAGAUAUAAUCAUAUCCCAGGAAGUAUAAAUUUAAACUUUAAAGAUGAAAUUGCAAAUUCUUUUACUCCCCCUCAGUGAGCAAACAAAAUCAUUGGAAAAAUCCCUAUUUUUUGCCCAAAAACCUAGAACAAAGAAAAAAAUAUUGAUAUAUAAGUGAUAAUUAUUAUAAUAAAAAUUCUAGCUAAUUCCGUUUAAUUUUAGACAGCUUGUAUUUUAAAAAAAAAAAAACCUCUCUGUGAUACACAACAAAAUUGUUUUGUUCAACAAUGGAGGGGGGAGUUAGAAAAUAUAAAGAAUAUUAUAAAGGAAGGGAAAAAUGCUUCGAACCUUGGAAAGCAACUCCGUAUACUCUUGAUCUGAGUGCAAAAGAACAAUGUUUGGAAUUUGUGGAAAGCAUUAAAAAUGGGAAGAGAAAUGAAUGAAUGUACAAGAAAGCUAGAUAUAGUCAUAGGAGAUUAGAUUAGUGAUGUCUCUUUAUAGUCCUCAAUUCCUGGAUGCCAGUGUUCUGCAGCGACCGCUACCUCAAGGCAACUAGCAACUAGAGCCCGGGCCGAAAACCCCCAGUUUCUAGGUAAAAGACAUUCCUUCAUGAUCUGCAUAGCACGAAUUUUUCCGGAACCUCUAUUUCCAAUCCAAGAGCCAGCAUUAGCCAACCCUGUUUAUUCCUGCCAGAUCGCCCCUUUUGAUCUGAGCACUUAUAAACUGGAGAGAUUUUACGCCCUUGAGAUCUUCGUCAAGCCUCGCCUUCCUCUCUUCCCGGAUUAUCUCCGGAAAAGAGCUAAAAAACCAAUGAUAUUCUGGGUGAAUCCACCAAACAGCCUAGGCAGGCAAUCCAGCCUGCCUCUUUCAGACACCCAACCUUGGCUUCGCUUGGGCCAGGCCACAAAUCACCAGAAGUUAUGCUGAGCUUCUUGUCUCGAGGCUAACCCAACCCUUGAGUAACUCUCUAACCAAAACACCACUCCAGAUAUGCAUAAUGACACCCAUCACUGGGAGGGCAGGCAACUCAUUACCGUCCAUUUUAUAUACAUUAGAUAUAGUCAUAAUGGGGAUUCUGUAGCAAUAGUUUCGGAUGCUGUUGCAAAUGAAUUGAUAAAUUAUUACGAAAAAGAGUCACCAUGUCCUGACAAUGAAAAAUUUAUAGCACAAAAAUAUAUUUCAAAUCCAUUGCUGCUAAACGGAAGAAAAUUUGAUUUUAGGGUUUUUAUGUUUAUUAUCUCAAUGGAUCCUCUUAUGAUUCUUUAUAGAGAUGGGACCUUAAGAAUUACUUUAGAAAAAUAUAGAAAAGACUCCACAAAUUUUGAAAAUUAUUUAACAAAUUCUCAUAUAGCUGACUUAUAAUGGUUUAAAUUCCAUUAAUUCUUAUUAAACAGCCAAGCAAAUUCUUAUUUUUUAUAGUAAUUAGAGUACUUACUUUGCAAAUUUUUUUCAAUUUUUCCAAUUCAGUAUAUUUAUCCUCAGUUAACUUAACUGAAAAUGAAUAUGAAGAAAAAAUGAAAGACAGAAACAUAAAUUUCAGCAAAUUCGAAGAAAUUAUGAAAAAUGAAAGAAAAGUACCAGAUAAUUGGAUUAAUGACAGCUUUCGAUAUUCUAUUAAAAGAACUAUGCUACAUAUGGUUCGGAUGAAUCUUGAUAAACUUUUAAGUCAUCCAAGGGUUUUUGAAUUUUUUGGGCUCGACUUUAUGCUCGAUGACGAUUUAAAUGCGUGGUUUAUUGAACUGAAUUUAAGUCCACAAAUAGGAACAACUAGUAAAGAAAAAAAUAAGAUUUAUAUGAAAAUUAUUCAAGAUAUUUUAGAUAUUGAAUAUGCAAUAUUAUAUAAAGCAGAUUUAGACGAAGUUAUUAAUAAAACUGCAUUUCAAUGGGUUUAUGAUGGAAGGAAAACAGGAUUAGACAGAUAUCAUGGCCUCUUAACUGAAGAAUGCUUAUAA